UCUUAUGGUACACCCAUUUUCUUGAGCAUUGCUGUACCUCUGUGCAUUGUGUACAUUGUUAUCCAGGUAAAAGUAUCAUGCUAGGUAGAAGAACAUGUAUUACAAUAUUUUUAUAUAUGUUAUGACAUGACAUGGUCUGCUUCUGAAAAAACAAAGACACCAUUUAAGGCUUUCCAUUACAUUAAGAUAUAAGUAAACUGUACCAAGGGCACACAUUACAGUGGCUUAAGUAUAGUUAUACAUAUAAUUUGAGAUAUGCAGUGCUACAAUAUAACAUUCUUGUGAAUACUUGGCUUAUAAUUAAAAAAAAAAAGAAAAAUAAAUGACCUCGGUUGCAUCUUCAAUUCUUAAUAAAUAUUCAUACAGCAGUAAGUUACUCAGUUAAUCAAGAGCACAACAGUUUUUGAAGCCAAUCAAUGUAAUCAUAUGACAUAUAAUGUGUGACUUAUAUGUCAUGUACUUCAUAUAAUAUUAUGUCCUCUACAUCGUACACAUCCCAGGUGUCCUACAUUCCCACCAGUAGACAACUGCGCCGCCUGGACUCCACCACCAGGUCCCCCAUUUUGGCCCACUUCUCUGAGACUUUGACCGGUGCUUCGUCAAUAAGAGCUUACGGUGUACAAGAAAGUUUCAUUCAAGUGACAAAGUCAAGGGUAGACAACAACUUCAAGUUUUACUUUGCCAGCAUUGGUGCCAACACGUAGGUUUAAUUUGAAAAUGUUGCUGCCAAUACCUAGGUGUAAUGUGUAAAUGUUGCUACCAACUCAUAGGUUUCAUGUGAAAAUGUUGCUGCCAACACGUAGAUUUAAUUUGAAAAGUAGAAAUUUUUCAAAAGCAAAUUUUUUAUACAGAUCUAGAGCUAUUAAUUUACUUAAGUCUUAGUCAAAUAUUUUCUGUGUAAUAAAUUAAGUGUGUUUAUAUUUUUUCAGGAAAGAUUAAUGCUUCUCCUCAUCCAUGUUUCAAUGUUUUCCAAACAGAUGGCUUGUUUUCCGUCUCCAAUUCUUAGGUAACUUGGUCAUCCUUGCAGCCGCCCUAUUUGCAGUUGCCAGCUCAAAUAUUGAAGCUGGUAUGGUUGGUCUAUCUGUAACAUAUGCUGUACAGGUCAGUGUGGCUUACAGAGAAUAACCAUUUUAGUAGAGAUGGUUGUUAGAAUUAAAAGGCAUGAAAUGCCUUAUUGUUAAUUUACAUUGUUUAUCUUUCCUAUAAAUUUCAAUUUAUUGUACUCUUAUCAAUCAACCAAGUAUGGAAAUAAAGUUACUUCAUAUUUAAUCAAUUAUUGAUCUGAACAAUGAAAACAGUGAAUGUGAAAGAUUUAUUUAAAUUUAAUGGGUGUGGAUUUUAUAUAAAAUUUGUUAGAUAUUGCUAUAAGCUAAAAUGAUCAAAAUUCUCAAUGUACAAAAUGUGUUAUCUCUGGUAGAUGACUGGUGCUUUUGAGUAUCUGGUGACCUUGAUGAGUGAUGUUGAAACUAACAUAGUGUCUGUUGAGCGGGUCAAGGAGUACACACACACAACAAGGGAGGUAAGUUCACACUUGUCAGGGAGUGGGUAGUCAAUGAAGCUGUGAAUUUAUUAGAAAAUACUUUUGAACCAUAUUAAGGAUGAUUAAUUUAAUACACUGUAUAUAUGUGCUUAUUUUUAUUUUUUUGAAAGUAAUAUACCAAAAAACUUUUGUUGUGUUAUUAUUCUAAAGCGUUUUGUUUUUAAUAUUAAUGACGUUUAGGUUUCUAAUCUAUUAUUUGAUAGUUUUUUUUGUUUUUUUUUAUUUAUACAAAAAUAAUACUUAUAACAAAAUAAUGUACAGGCAGAAUGGAUUCUAACCAACCACAGACCUCCCUCAGAAUGGCCCCAGCAAGGAAGUGUUCAAUUCGACAGUUACCAGACCAGAUAUAGGCCUGGCCUUGAACUUGUCCUAAAGGAUGUAUCAUGUCAAAUUCAAGGUGGUGAGAAGGUUUGUAUUUAGGGAACAUAUUCAAUUUAUUUCAGAAAUCCUUGUGAAGUUUCAAAAAUUAAAAUUAAAUAUUGAAAAGCUCUGAUAGGGUUAUUAACUUUUGUAAGGAUGUUUUCCCCCAUAUUAACUCAUGAUAAUCCAUUGUUUCUGUCUAAGAUAAAUUGACUUCAUCAGUGAAAGUAAGAUAAAAAAUCUUUGUGAAUGUUUUAAAAAUUUACAAAAAGUCAUUUAAUUUUUUAAUCUAUUUUUAUAGAACCACUUUAAGAGACAUGGCUCUGUUGUAUUUCUAUAAUAGAUUGGUAUUGUGGGAAGAACAGGGGCGGGCAAAUCUUCCAUGACUGUGGCCUUGUUCAGACUUAUUGAGGCAGCUGGUGGGAAAAUUAUCAUUGACGGGGAGGAGAUUGCCAGCAUGGGACUUCAUGACCUCAGGAGUAAACUCACCAUCUUACCUCAGGUGAGAUCUUGGGGUUUUUGUAUUGUUGUUUCAAUAGGAAUGAAUAACGUAUCAAAUGUUAAGUAGGGCAACAUCUCAUCUUGGUCAUGCUUUGACUUCUUUUCCUGGUGUUUUUUUUUUUUUUUUUAAAGAAUAUUUUGCACAUGUGAAAACCCUCUAAUUUAGCCAGUGUGAAAACCCUCUAAUUUUGCACAUGUGAAAUCCCACUUAUUUUGAAUUUCUGCAGGAGCCAGUAGUUUUCUCAGGAGCUCUUCGCACCAACCUUGAUCCUUUUGAUAAGUGCUCUGAUGACCAGAUAUGGGAUGCCUUGGAACAUGCCCAUAUCAAAACUUUUGUGGAGAGUCUUCCUCAAGGCCUCAGCUAUGAAUGUGGAGAAGGGGGAAGCAAUCUGAGGUUAUUACAACAUGAGAUAUUC